UUCUAUUAUUUGCUUCUUUCUUUUGGCAGUUAUUGAUAUCUUGAGGAUGAUAAUUUUACACCCCGAUGGGGCAAAUAUCCUACUCAAACAUGUCAACCACGAUAAUGAUACACUCAUUGAGUUGAUGAAGAAGGUGACUGUUAAUCCUCCCCUUCCUGCAAAUCUUCUAACAAGCAUCCGUGCUGUGACUAAUCUCUUCAAGAAUUCGUUGUUUUAUGAUUGGUUAAUAAAAAAUCGUGGAGAGAUUCUAGAUGCUUUCUCAAGCUGUUAUCUAUCCUCAAAUAAAAACGUACAACUUUCUUAUUCAACAAUGGUACUCAACUAUGCUGUUCUUUUGAUUGAAAAGAAGGAUGAGGAAGGUCAAUCUCAAGUUCUUUCAGCAGCUCUUGAGAUUGCAGAAGAGGAAAGUGUUGAAGCUGAUUCAAAAUUCCGAGUUCUGGUUGCCAUUGGAUCACUGAUGCUUGAUGGGGUUGUUAGAAGAAUUGCAUUAGACUUUGACGUAGAAAGUAUUGCAAAAGCAGCCAAGGCGGCUAAGGAUCCAAAGCUGGCUGAAGUUGGGGCAGACAUUGAAUUGAUAAUAAAGCAGACUUGAACUGAACUUUCUGUUUCACUGCAAAAUCAAUUCAAUUCUUUGACCAAUGUGGGGAUAACGCCAAGUGAUUAAAUGCGACCUCGGUGACUGCUGGCUAGAUACAUGAUUUGAUUUGGGUAAUGAAGGCGACAACUACUCAAAGAAGCUUUGGCAUGAAAAGGAAACAUUACUAUUUUGAGAUUCAUUGAUAAUGUCAAAACGUCUCCUGAAGUGCUUUGUGGGUUGCUUCUCUAUUUCCUGAAAUUCUAUCUAUUUUCUACUUCGAUUUGGUUUUACUGUUGCUAAUGCAGAUCCUUUUCCUUCAAAUUAUAUUUUAUAUAAAUUAAAAAGGAGCUAUUUUACUUGGAA